UUAUGUUACAGGUUUGACGGAUGGAGCCGCACUGACACGGACCGACGCCGCAGGUUCACUUUCUGUGUUGAUCCGGAGCCAUGGACAAAGCCACAGCCGUCUCUGAUUUCCGAAUCGUGAUGAUCGGAAAGAACCAGGAGGAGAAGGCGAAACUGGGCACUUUCCUCACAGCGAAGUCCAUCUUUCCUUACGACAAACUGUCCAGACAGAGCAGCGUGUUCAGCGGAGACUGGAGGAACUGUGCAGUGAAAGUUUACAACACCUCAGACCUGCUGAGGGCAGAAGAGUCCAGAGUGAGAGACGAGACACAGCGUCUGCUCCGUGUGACUGAACCUGGACCCAACGCCUUCCUGCUGCUCGUCGACCCUUCAGACUUCAACAGAACCGACCGCGACAAACUCAGGUCUGUGCUCAGGUGUUUUGGAGAAGACGCGCUGAAGUCUUCACUGAUCAUCGUGACCAAAAGUGAAGGUGGUUGGAAUCCAUCACUUCAUAAAAUGAACCAGGACUGCGGUCGCAGAUGCAAGACUCUGGACUUUGCUGAACUUUCCGCGUCAGUUCUUACAGAUCUGAUGGAAAAAGUCGAGAACGUCAUCGCUGAUAACCAAGAUCUGUAUCAAGCCGGUCCUGCCGCAUCUGAACCGAUUUAUCAAGAGUUGAACGUGGAGCCGCCCUUAAAUAUCGUGCUGUGUGGCAGAUACAAAGAUUACAAAGCUUCAGCAGCGAGAACCAUUCUGAACACAAAGCCCAGCCCAGGGAAUUUAACCAAGAGUAUGGAAUAUGCUGGAAAUGUUUGUGGCCGGAGCGUGACCAUAGUAGAGCUGCCAGAUCUGUCCAGUCUGAGGCCAGACGCAGCCAAACAGGAGUGUCUCCGCUGCUUCUCUCUGUGUGAACCAGAAGGAGUCCACGCCUUUGUGGUGGUCCAGCCUGUGGGUCCCCUCAGCCCUGAGGACCAACAGGAGCUGGACGCCAUCAGGAGAGAGUUCACCUCCAAAAUGAACGCCUUCAAAAUGAUCCUGUUCACCGUGGACUCAGAGUCUGGAGCUUCAGCUGUGUCCAACUACAUCAAGAGCAGCAAAGACCUACAAGAUCUGUGUAAGAGCUGCAGCCACCGCUACGCCAUCCUCAACAUCAACGACAAAAAACAGGCGUCCAGCAUCAUCAAGACGGUGGCGGACAUCAGUCACAAUGGAUCCAAAAGCUUCACGAGAGAAAUGACAAUAAAACCACAAGUGAAAAGAAGAGAAACAAUAAUGCCUCCAAAGCCAUCGCCCAGAAUCGUUGAACCAAAGAAAAAAUCGCUGACGAAAGAUUCACUGCGCAUCGUUCUGAUCGGGAAAACGGGGUCGGGAAAAAGCGCCACCGCCAACACGAUUCUGGGCAGAGAUGAGUUUGAGUCUAAAAUCUCCCAAACGUCCGUCACAAAGUUGUGCAGAAAAGCAGAGGGGCAGAUCGAGGGCAGGUCCGUGACCAUCGUGGACACUCCAGGACUGUUCGAUACAACUUUAUCCAACGCCGAGGUCCAAGAGGAGCUGGUCAAAUGUGUCAGUCUGUUGGCGCCCGGGCCACACGUGUUUUUACUGGUCGUACAAAUCGGGCGGUUCACUAAAGAGGAGCAAGAUACUGUGAAAAUAAUCAAGGAUUUUUUUGGGCCCAGAGCGGAAAGCUACAUGAUCGUUUUGUUUACGAGAGGAGACGAUCUGGAUAACAUGAGCUUAGACGCGUAUCUCAAAGAAGGCAACAACGCCCGAGCUCUGCUUCAGGAGUGUGGUAAUCGCUGUCACGUUUUCAACAACAAAGACAGACAAAAUCGAAAACAGGUUCAGGAGCUGUUGAGAAAAAUUGAAGCGGUGGUGCAGCAAAACGGCGGAGGGUUUUACACGUCCGGGCUUUUUGAAGAAGCCGAAAUGGCCAUUGAGAAAGAGACGGUCAAACUUCUCAAGGAAAAGGAACCGGUGAUGAAGAAGCAGGAGAAGGACAUCCAGGAGAAACUUGAAAUGAAAAAAAAUAAUAUUUUGAAAAUUAAAGCCAAAAUCGAGCAAGAAAUUAAGCAAACAGAGAAGCAGGUGAAAGAAAAGCAGGGAAGGUUACAGAAGGAAAAGGAGAAUCGUCGAAGGUACGAACAACGAAGGAAAGAGGAGGACAGAAUUAAAAAACACGAAGACGAAAUGCAGAAGCAAAAGUGGAACAAUCGAUACAUUCAGCUCCAGAAAGAAAUCAGCACUUCAAACCAAUCGAAUCCAGACUCGAACAGAAGCAGUUUACUGUCACUGAAAGAGGAGUUCAAACGGGAGCAGGACACGUGGGAGCGGAAAAGACAGGAGUGGUGGGCCAGACGGAUGGAGGAGGAGAAGAAACAGAGGGAGGAGGAGAACAGGAGGCUGACGCAGCUGGAGAAAGAGUACGCCGAAGCACGAAACACGUACGAGCGUAAAAAAAGCGAAGACGAGAGGAGACGCCAAGAGGAGGAGCGAGAGUUUAGGGCGAUGCAAGAGAAACACCAGAGGCAACUGGACGAGAUGCGACUGCGGAACGAAGAGGAGGCGCGGAGGCAAGCGGAGCAGAUCAACGACUUCCACAGACGCUACGCCAAAGACCGAGAGGAGCUGAGGUCGCUGAGGGAGAGGAGGCGAAGCGAAGAGGAGUCUAUCAUCAAAGAGUUAACCAGGAGCAAAACGUGCAAAAAGGACUUCCAAACGCUGAAACUGAGGCAGAAGAAAGAGAUGGAAAACCUGGAACAGUUACAGAAAGGAUACGACGUGGAGGUCCGGGCCAAGGAAGUGGCCGAACUCCAGAGGAAGCACGAAGACGAGAUUCACGACUGGAUCCAAGCCCGAAUCAAGACCAUGUCAGGCUCUUCCUGCGCCAUUUUAUAACGACGAACUCACCUGGAAAUCAACCGGUGCGGGACAAAGGUACAGGACUGGACAAACGUUUGGACACACCUCCUCGCUCAGUGUUGUUUUUAUUUUUAUGUUUAUUACUUUCUGCAUUUUAAAUAUGCAUGAAAGACUCCAAAUAUAUGAAGCAAAAUAUAUGGGAAAAAAAAGUGAGCCACAAGAAAAAUGAUUUGGAUAAAAUACAAUAACAAAGAGAAAAAAUGGCAAUGGAGAAAUUCAAUUUGUCAACUGGACAACAUCUUCAGCUCAGAUCUCAUGUCCAGAACUGAAGAAGCAGCUGCGAAACGUAUUCCACCAAAUAAACUUUGUCCAGUUGACAAAUUGAAUUUCUUUUUUGUCAUGGAUUCUACCCGGACGACUGAGGGAAUUUUCACAAAGAGAAAAAGUAGAAAUGGUAAUAAUAAAUUCAAAAUAAGUAGUAAAGUCCUCGAGAGUCAAAUAAGACAUAAUUUUAUACCGUAUUUUUUGGACUAUAAGUCGCACCAGUCAAAAAAAGCAUAAUGAAGAAGAAAAAACAUAAGUUGCACUUCUGGGGGAAAUUAUUUUAUAAAAUCAGAGAGCAGGAGCAGACAUUUCCUGUCAAGUUCUAGUAAAAACAACAGAACAGAGAAAAACUGCCGUCGUCAGACUCAGACUCAGUUCAGUUAGAAUCAUUCGUGUCUUUCUGAAUCUCGACAGGUGGUUUCAGUGUCACUAGUCCAGACUUUGUUCAUCCGUCCACUGACUUCAGGAAAGUUUCAUGCUGCGUCCUCCCAGUGUCACAAGUUUCUCUCUCACUCCAAACUUUCUUUCUGCUGCUCGAUUAUUGUUUUCAGCUGAAUAUUUCACUAUUUGCAGCAGAACAGAGGCUCUUAGUGCAGGAGACAUGCGCAGUAGAAGUGACACACGAGACUUGAACCUCUGCACACGUCACGAAAAACAUUGAAUGUAGAAGUCACAGGAAACACCCAAACCAUGAAAAAAAGUGCCACUUAUCGUCCGAAAAAUACGGUAAAUGUAAAUGUACAAGUAAACAAAACACAAAAAUACAACAACCCAAAAAUAUCUCAGUCAUAUAUUGUCCCUGAAAUGGUUUCCACUUCUCAGGGUCAAGAAAUGCCAAAAGAGCAAAAGCAGUGACCAAAAAAAUCUCAAAUCUGCCUCAGGUUUGUGGUUCUGUUGAGUCUGUUCGUGUCAUUCGUAGUUUUGAUGCUUCAGUGAGAAUCUAGAGUGAAAAUAAUCGUGGGAAUAAACGAAGACGUGAGUCCAAACCUUUGAUCGGUCGUGUCGUUUAAUUAAAGCUGUGCAAAGAAUCACAUUUUUAAUGAUUAAGAUUAUUGUUAUUAUGAAUGGACAGUGAACUCAGGUCUGUUUAAUCUGUAAAACGUGUGAUUUGGAGGAAGAAAUGUGACGUGUGUUUUGUGUAAUUUGUGUUGGACGUCGAUGAUCACGUUAAGAAAGUGAAGAUCAAGAGGCAUUUUUAUUUGUUUUUUGUAAGAACAACUUAUACUGAAUGAUUAUGAUCGAUCAAUAUUAUUAAAAAAAGUAUUGAUCCCUUAUAUUUUUAAUCUAGUUUUGUAUUUACUUUGUAUUACAGUUUAAAUAUUUGGUCACGUGAUCAGUGAAGUAAAGGAACAAAACUAUAAUAUUCUGAUUAGUGCAAUAGAAAAAUAUAUGAAGAAAACAGGAUAAAAAAGUAUUAAAG